AUGGCGGCUAUAGACUUAUCGGCCAACGCCAGAACUCUCCAUGAGAGCUUUUGUAGGUUUUCUUUGACUGCUUGCUGUCAAGUACCUCCAGCAUCAGUUUCGAGGAUGAUGAGUUCUCCGGACGUGAUUCUCGGUGCCAGAAAGUUUGAGAAUGAUUUUUUAUGCAAUAAGGCUUCGGGCCUUCAUCCUUCAGAAGUCUCUCCUAUUACUGAGACACUCGGGUUAGAUCACGUUUCGUACAACUGGGGCAGUUCUACAAACGACAACUAUCAAUCUGAAAACGAUUACGAUCUUGGCAUCUUCGCCUCAAUUAGACAACAAUUGGAUUAUGAAUAUCACUCCUACUACAAAGCACCAAGACGGCGAUUGCAAGAUGACAUAAUUGAAUCCUUCCUUUCGGAUCAUCCUAUAGAUGAUACAAACAGCAGUGAUCAGUGGAUCAUCUUUACUGCAGGUUGUAUGGGAGCAGGAAAGACGCAUACGUUGCGAGAACUAUCCAAGGAUGAUAUCUUCUCAUUUGAUCUAAACUCGUUUGUCUCGGUAGAUCCAGACGAGAUUCGAAGUCAACUUCCUGAGUACAGAGUUUAUAUUGAAAAGGACCCGCUCCAUGCAGGUGAAUUCACCCGCAAAGAAGCUGGAAUGUUGGUGGAAAUUCUUACCGAGGAAGCCCUGGAACGCGGAAACAAUGUACUAGUCGACGGAUCACUGAAAGACGCGGUUUGGUACAAGGCAUACUUUGAGAUGCUCAGGCAUAAGUAUCCGCGGAUAAAGAUUGGAAUCAUUCAUGUGACUGCUCCUGUGGAAGACAUUCUGCAACGAGUUGAGCAAAGAGCACAGACCACGGGACGAAGGAUACCGAUGGACGUGCUCGUUGAGAGCAUGGUACAAGUACCAAAAUCUGUCAAUGAACUUUGCCGUGAUGCCGAUCUCUUUCUCGAAGUUGACAACAGCUCUGGGAAUGACAUCAGAUUUACGAGGGUCAAAGGCAUGGAGAGCUUGAAUCCGGGAAACCACAAAAUCAAGGUUCAGUGA